CAGUUUAUAGAUAAGUUUUACGGUAACAACAGUGUAAUUAUAAAAUAAUUUGUUUUUACUGGUGAAGACGCUUACGAGAGUAAUCAAUAAAUUUUUUGGGUCCAGAGAAUGAAUAUAGCAUUAUGGGCUGGUUUUAUAACAAGCCUGCUAUUAAUUUCAAAUAUUGAUGGAGGACGUGUAAGAUAUGGAGGUAAAAUCCAUUCGCGCCCCUUGACACAUCACUAUUCUUCACAUCACAAUACAUAUCAUGCCGCACCGCCUAGCCCAGUCGUUGUUGUUCCAUCCAAUGGCGGCUACCAGAAGCCCGGUUUUAAAAGCAGCCUCGCCUCUGGUUUUGGUCAGGGAGUAGGAUUCGGAGUAGGCCAACAAGCUGUAAAGAGCGUCUUCGGUGAUAGCAGUGGAUCAUCUCAAACAGUUAAUCAUGUAUAUACGAAUCAAGCUGCUCCAGCUGUACUGGCACCAUCCAGCGGACAUUCUGUCACUGUUGUUCAGACGGAAGAAAAAAAAGAAUUUCCCGUUAUAUAUAUCAUCAUAAUUGUAAUCGGCUGCAUUGUUGCUUCUAGUGUUCUGUUUUUACUGAUAAAACUUCUCAUGAAUUAAGAUUUUAAUUUUAUUUACUGCUGUAAUUUUAUCAAAAUCUAUAAUUGGUAAAAGAACAAUUAAAUAUACAGCAAUCAUGAAUUUAAAUUAAACUGAAGAC